CGUACUCAAGGCGAAAUCCGGUGGAACUCGGAAGGGAGGCAGCUGUCGUGGAUUCGAAUUUACUCAAUAAAAAUGCUUAUUCAGCCAUUGUAGAAUCUACUAGCUAUGGAAUCUGACAAAAAUGCUUUCCGUGUGGAGUUCCCCGACUUCUCGUGCUCCAUUCUGCAGAAGCUCAACCAGCAGCGCCAGAGGGGCCAGCUGUGUGACAUCAUUGUGAGCAUCGGGGGCCACCAGUACCGGGCACACCGCGCUGUGCUGGCGGCCAGCUCGCCGUAUUUCUGCGACCAGGUCCUGCUCAAAAACAGCGCACGGGUGGUGCUGCCGGAGGUGAUGAACCCGUGGGUGUUUGAGGGGUUGCUGCAGUCGUGCUACACUGGUUCUCUGACCCUGCCCUCGUGUGAGGUGGUGGCCUUCCUCACGGCCGCCAGCUUCCUGCAGAUGUGGCAUGUGGUGGAUAAGUGCACCGAGCUGUUGGAGGGGAACACAUCACGUUCACACAAAACCCCGUCGGGAGUAGGGUGUCGGGGCAGCAGCCGAGCCGAACAGCAUCCAUCCCCCGACGGUGAGAGUUACCAUGGUGACCGAGGCGAAGAAGCUUUCUCAGACGGCACGGGGGUUGGAGGGAGUGAGGGAUUUGGCAGGAUGACUAGCUGCAGAGGAUCGUCCGACUUUGAGCAGCUGCUGGAUGAGAGCUUUUCACCACAUGCGCUGGAGCUUGGAGCGCCCCCUAGUGGAAACGGCUCCUCGCCGCCUGACCGGGCUGAGUCGGCCAGCGAGAAUGGAGACCCUGAGGCUGAGCUCCCCAGGUCCAGGCCUGUCUAUGUUCCGCCGAGCAUCAUGGGACAUAGGAAGUGGACGCAGGUGAAAACAGAGAGGCCAUGCCGCGACGACUGCAAUAGCCUGUUCACUGCUGAGACGGCCAGCACAGACUCAGAGCAGCUGGGCCUGCCUCCUCACCAAGGAACCUCCUCCAUGCACUCCACAGAGGACAGUGUGGACGAGAAGUUGGUCAGCGAGCUGGAGGAGAGCCUGGAUUGUGACCCCCUGGACUUCUACGGCACCUCCAUGGACCGCUUCCCCAACGACAAAGAUGAGAGUUCGCCCAGCAUGUCGAAGAACAGCCCUCUGGAACUGGGCCCAGGAAGAACAGGCGGCGAUGACGACGAUGAUGAGGAUGGGAUGGAUGGCACCCAGGACGAGACGUCCAACUCUGGUUUCGGAUCAGGUGUCUAUAAGCUCUACCCAUGCCAGUGCGGCAAGAGCUUCACGCACAAGAGCCAGCGCGACCGGCACAUGAGCAUGCACAUGGGCCUCCGGCCGUAUGGCUGUGCAGUGUGUGGCAAGAGCUUCAAGAUGAAGCAUCACCUUGUGGGCCACAUGAAGAUCCACACGGGCAUCAAGCCGUACGAGUGCAGCCUUUGCUCCAAGCGCUUCAUGUGGAGGGACAGCUUCAACCGCCACACUGCCUCCUGCAGAAGGGCUCACCAGGCCAAGCGGUCUGCAACAGAGCAGAGCAUCUGUUGAUCCCAGGCCGAACACAGGAGUCUUAAGUUGGGUGGUGCAGAUUCAGGGACAAAGUGACUUUGUUCAGGACCAUACUCUCUGAAUGUUGGUGCCAUCCUUGUCAAGACCUUAAAGUGUUUAUGUCAAUUUGAUUUGUCAAAAGGCUAUCAGUGAUUUCAUUUGGACGUUUUUUAAGGCUUUUGACAGUGUUCAGGUUUUUGUUUCCCCAGGGUAUAAACUGACUGUCAAACCUGGGGCCUGUACUAUGACGCAUAGUGCCCAGGGUGUCUUUCUGUUAGCUGGUAAAAGGGGUUGGACUUCGUUGGCACUAGUCGCAAAUAAAGCCGCCCAUUUCACUUCACAGGAACAAACUAAAAUACUUGCUUGAAAUAUGAGUUUAUGAAUUGAAAUCAAUAGUUGGCAAAUGGGAUGCUUAGAUGUAUUCUUUUCAUGUGUAAACCAUUAUUAGCGUUAUUCUAAAAUGCUCCCAGCCCUCCCAAGAGACCCUCCAACUAUAUGCGCACUGAGAUCAUCUGGAAUGGUUAUACUAUUUUCCAAGAGAAUUGAUUGGUUGGUACGGUAUCUUGUACAUUUUUUUUUCCAGAGUAGGUUAGGACUUCAGCGUAAGUUACCAUGGUGAUUUACUUGGGGUUUAAAGGUACAUGUGUUUGUACCGAACUGUUUAGGUACAAGACGUUAGGUGAAAUACAGAUGUGCACUGUAUACCAAUGCAGUCUUUAACGGUAAUCAAAAGUAGGCUUUUUUGCUUGCGAACCAUGUUUCAAAUUUAAGUUCCCACACAAACAUAUUAAGUUGUGGACCUAGGGCUGGGCGAUAUGGCCAUUUUUUCACAUUAAACCUGAUAUAGGAUUUUAAUGGAUUUUUUCCCCUCCUACAAACUAGAAAUGACAAAAAAAAGUCAUGACUAUCAUGGGGCUGUAGUGCAGACCUACUCUGGCAUUACCAGUAUCAUUAGAUUAUACAUUGUGCAGUAGGCCUAAGUCUCUAUAGAUGCUUAUGGAUGACCCCACUAAUGAGCUCCAUCACUUUUGGCAUCAGAUCCUGCUUAUAUUUGCUGCCCAUCAGCAGCUUGAUAAAGUUUAGAAACAUUGGAGAAAAUCGAUUUUCAUAAAAACAAAUCGAUUUGAAUAAAGAAAAUAAUUUUUUGAUUUUGCCCAGCCCUAGGUGGACCAUUUGUCAGUUUAGUCAAUUAAGGUUAAAACCCAUUUGAUACCUUUUCAAAAUAAUAUUCCUGUUGCACAUCAGCAAUAUUGUCAGUGAAUUUUAGGUUAGCAGUACCUAAAGGCUUAUUGUACAGGAAAUGAAUCAAACUUUGACUUCAAAACCAAUGGACACACCGAACCAUAAUUUAUGUGUACCGUUACAGCCACCAAUAUGCCACUGAAACCUUAAGUCACCUCGCUAACCCCAAGAUCCUGCUUCGAAGUACAGGCCUCAGGUGCUGGCAAAACAAAAUUGCCUUGGGGAAUCGGGAGAUACUGGGAAUACAUGUAUUCGGCCAGCUAAUGUGCCCCCCAGUACAUUUCAAUGCAUAAAAUUACUGUGAAAAAAAAGUAAGUGCUUUCAUUUUGAUGCUGACAUACCUUAUUCACUCACGGUCAUGUUGCAUUUUAGCGAGGCACCAUUUUGUUUGUGAAUACCAUUGGCGUUUACUUAAGCAGUGGUAUUUAUUUCAUCACUCUCUGGUACAAUAGAUACUCCAUUUUUUAAACAAUGUUCUUUAUUUCCGUCCUAGAUGCCACUUCCCACUGAUGCGUAAUACCUCAGUUUGUGUAAGCCAGCAAACAGAGUAUGAUAAAACAGUACAAUACAGAAACAGUUAAAGCACCUCACACUCAAAUGUCAGUGGAAGACAGUAGAGAGAUACUGCCUUACUUUCAUUUCAAUGACUCAGUACUCUGAAUCACUUCUGGUUCAUAGGCUUCAGAGAGAGUCUGAAUUUUCUAAAUGAUCUGCUGUUAGGAAUUAUUGACAUGUAAUGAACAAAAAACCUCAUUCACAAUUAAACCUCAUUGGUUGCUUUGGGGUAUGUAGAUGUACAGAUUUCUGCCUAUAUCCAAAUGUAAGAAGUAAAACAAAGGCAAAGUGUAUUUAUGUAGAGUUAGUAUAUUGAGAGUCUGAUCAUUUAGAUCAAAUAAAAACGGGUAGUUUGUGUAUGUGUGGGGGGUUCCAUUGAAAUAAGGUUACUGUCAUAUGGAUAACUUUUAUAUUAACAUCUGUAUUUCUAUUCUCCUGUCUCUGUAGUUUUUUAAAGAAAUUAUUUGGUUUCUAUCUUUGCUUCUUGAAAUGUCUUCAAAUGAUGUUGAAAUCAACAGGUAAUUUCAGUGUCGGAUCAUAAAGUUCUCAUUGAUCCUGGUAGAUCAUCAGUGCCUGGGAGCUUGGAAGACACUGUUGAGACUUUAAUUCAACGUGUAUAGCCUACUUGUCACAUUUGAUCCUGACUUAUUUUGAUUAUUUGAUUACUUGAUUAUUUUUUCUGAUAAAAAGUUUAAAAUUGUGAAAUAAUGAGAUUUGUGUAACCUGAAUUGUGUCUUUAAUUUGCCUUUUUGCAGGUCAUGAGUGAUUUUUAUGUAGAGUGAAGGACAAUCAUUCAGGAUUUUAAUGGUUAAAAUAAUAAUAAAAAAAAAACCUCUGUCUAUGCGAAUCCAACCCUUGGGACAAGAACAUAACACACUGAUGUAAAAGAGCAGUCAGUAGGUGUUGUGUGUCCUUUUAAGAACCCUUUACUACUAAUUCAAUGUUUAAAUUUGAUGUGACCAUAUUUAUAAAAGUUAUGUCUAAAUUAAGUGAUCCAAGACAAUCAGUACUUCUAAUAUAUAUUUCUGAAAUGUUUAUUUAACCAUGGACUUGUCUAACGGAGUUAUUGCUGAUAAGAAAAUCAAUCGUCUUUUCUUUGUAAAAGUUAUUAAUUACUCUUUCUGACAAAUUUCAACAUUUCAGAAAAUCUAAUUGAAAAUAAGUUCUAAUCCAUAAAAAUCUUACUUGGGAUAUGUAUUUACCGCCAAAUGAAAACUACCUCAAGAGGACAUCUCCUUUUGGUUCCUUGUCUUAAUUUUUGUGUACUUUUGUCUUUUUAAAAAGAAUUCCCAAUGUGUUUUAUGAUUUUUUUUUCUUCUUAUAGAAGAACAUAAAAGUUUUGUACAGAUGGGUUCAGCAAUAAAUAUUGUCUUUUUCUUUAGA